ACAGAAUGUGAAAACGAGGAGGAGGAGGAGGAGUGGGUACCAGAGAGCAAAGUGAUGAAACCCAGAAAGAAACCUGCCAAACUGAAAGAGCCCAAAGCCCCAACACUACCUAAACCACCUAAAGCCCCAAAACAACCAAAAGUACCAAAAACACCAAAACCAAAAGCACCCAAGAAAACAGCUGCUGAAAAACCCAAAGUAGGAAGAAAGACAAAAGUGUCAGCUCUGGAAAAAGAUGCAGGUGUGGUCGGGGUGCCUGUGAAAGAAGAGAGACUGUCAUUUAUUGUCAGUGCUGGAAACCAUAAUGAAACUGAGCAGUACAAGGGUGCUCAGGUGAAAGAAGCAGCAAGCACAAAAGGGGCGCAAAGUGAAAAGCAGGGAACAAGUGCAGAACUGAAAGAACUGAAGCGUGAUUCGGCACAUCUCCCUGAAGGACCUUCCAGAACUGAAGCGUGAUUCGGCACAUCUCCCUAAAGGACCUUCCAGAACUGAAGCAUGCUUUGGCACAUCUCCCUGAAGGACCUUCCAGAACUAAAACAUGAUUCGGCACAUCUCCCUGAAGGACCUUCAUCUAGUUGUCAGCUGCCUGGUGUUAAGAAGGAAGAACCUGAAGAUGAUUUUACCUUUGACGAACCUGCUUUAAAGAAGACGAAAACUGCUGGGUGCCCUGAUGGCAAACCAGUAAAACAUAAAAAGGACAACGGCAGUCUUGGGGAUGUGCAGAUGGGAUUUAAUUCAGGUUUUGUCUGAAAGAACGGUUGUAGAUCCGUGGGUGUGUGCAAACUUAGUGAACCUGUUCAAAGAGGAGAACAUAAUCCCGUUUAUCGUGCGCUACAGGAAGGAGCUCAGCAACCACAUGGACGUGGAUGCAGUGCGAGACGUGCAGCUCGCUGUGGAGGAGCUACGAAAUGUAGCCAAGAAGGUCCAUGCAGUGAUACAGACUCUGAAGAAGGAGGGGACUUUAACAAUCAGCCUGGAGAAGGCUCUGCUGAACUGUAGAUCAGCGGAUGAGUUGGAUCAUGUGAUUCUGGCCAUUAACCGAGGGGAGAAUCUGAAGAUCCUGACAGUGGAGGUCAACAUUCCUGACAGGGUGAAGAAUGAAUUUAUUAGGUGGUGUCUCAACAGUAUGAACCACAACACAGACCCAGGAGAGUUUGACUUCCACAUGCGCAGUGAUUCCUUUUGUGGGAACAGCUACAAGUCCCCGAGCUUGAGGUGGGUGCAGUGA